CUCUUCUCUUAAUUAGAUAUUGUGUCCAUAUUGAUUCUUAUAUUGAUUAUUGAAUUACUACUUUUUUGUUGUGGAGUUUAUGAAACUAAGAUGCAUUUUUUUGAGAAACAUGAAACUAAGAUGCAUAUUGAUAAAGAAUGUAAGGUGUAAUCUUCCCUCUUAAGGCUUAAGCACUACAUACCAUUGUUUACCUACUGUUAAAUCAAAGUCUUUCUAACUUGAGUACGAGUUACAAUGACUUUUAUUGUUGUCGAUUUUUCUCAAAAUAUUGGGUAUGUUGCUUUUAGUUCUCGCAUUCUUUUCAGUUUGAUUUAACAUUUUAUGUGUUGCUCUAUUAGUUGAACUUGCCAGUUGGAGAUCUGCAGGCUUCGACUACAUUAAUGUCACAUUGACUUCUAUAUGAAAUGCCACUCGAAACAUGAGUGUGUGAUUUAGUUUGUUUCUUAUUAAGGACACUCUAAACAUAUAAUUUGUUCCAUUAUAUCAUUGAAUACACUAAAUUCAAUGAAAAAGUCGAAACAUUUUAUCGUAUACUGAAGAUUGAUUAUGCAUGUAUGAUGUAAAACAACUCUUACCAUUGUUCUUUUUAGACAUUUUUAUAUUAAUACGACUUCGUUUGAAAAUAUGUAUUUAUGUUAGUGUAGUUGGACGUUGUUCGUCAUUUUUAAAACGUUGUUAGUCAAAUACAUCAAAUACUUUCCUAUAUUAUUAAUGGAGAACUACCAAACUAAAUAGUUACUUCAAACCCCAACAACAUGAACCAUAACAAAAAUAUAUACCUACACUUAUACAUGACAACAUGAGAAUCAAACUCUCCCGGCCAAAAAGCCGCCGGGAGAUAAUUUAGUAGGCUUAAGGACCGGAUCCUACCCGACUAACUACCAAUGAAUUACAUAGAUUAAUAUAAAAAUGAGGAAUGACUUAAUCAAAUAAACCUAACAAAAUAUGGCAGCGGCAAAGGAUACAAAUAGUCCCGACGGCGGCGGCGGUGGAGGGUGGCCCUUAUUGCCGGAGGAAUUACUCACCAAGGUUCUCAACAGGCUGCCCUUAACUCGCUGCCUCUUCCAAUUCCGCUGCGUCAGCAAAUCGUGGCACCGUCUCCUCUCCGACAUUCCCAAUUUCAUCAGCCGCCGCAUCCUCUUCAACGAAGAUGACGAGAACGCUCCAAUCAUGGUCGCCCGCAUCGCCGACAAGGACAAAGCGUCGGUACGGUACACCGCCCUCUGCCCCGACACGCUCCGGCCCGUCUCGACUUAUUCCGGCGCCUCAUUCUCCUCUCCAACCAUCGCCGGCUGCCGGAACGGGAUAUUCUGCAUCCACGACAGUCCCGGCUUCCCCUGCCCCACCGAAACCCUAAUCGCGCUCUGGAAUCCCACCACUUCCGAAUCCAAGUUCGCGCCCUCCCUGCCGACACCUCCUCGAUCAAAUUGCGCGACCGUUGGGUUCGGAUUCGAUCCCCAAGCAACUGACUAUAAGGUGCUUGUGAUAUUUACCGAUUCCACAAGAGAAGAAAACAGAGGAGGGAGCAUCACUGCCUGGGUGUACAGCCUUAGGAAGAAUUCAUGGACGCAAGUCGAAACCCACGGCAUCAAUCGCCCAAUCUAUGGCCUCUGUUCUGGGUUCCAUCACUGGCAUAGUAGUAGCUCGAGAUCCGAGAAAAUCUAUAUCUGGCAAGAUAACAUCGGUGGCGAGGCAUUCAAACCUGCAGAUUACUAUGCUACUGUGGUUUCCUUUGACUUGAGCAAACAAGUGUUCGAGACGGUUUACUUGCGCUUGCCUCGUCCUACCUAUGUGACUGGCAGUGGACAUUACAUUGUUCGUUCGAUGUCCGUGGUGGAAGAGUGCUUGAUCGUUGUUUUGUCUAUCAGCAAACGUCUUGAAGAGAAAGUGGACUACGAGGUGUGGAUGGUGUUGGAACCAUGGCUUGAGCUUGAGCCUGGAUGCCAUCACUGGGUUAAGUUGUUGGUCGUUUCGGUUGAUCGUUUCAGUUGUCUUGGCAUUGCCGGAUUUUGGAAACAUGGGAAAUGCUUUGUGGUGGAUUCUGAUGGGAGGUUGUGCCUUCUUGAUAUGGAAACGGGUUGUAUCAUCGACCAACUGGAAGUUGAAGGAAAAGGGUUUAUUAAGCAAGAAGUUAUGACUUAUGUUCCAUCCAUGGUUUCAUUGUCUUCUUGAUACUUAUACCUGUCCAACCCUAAACGUAUCUAUAUGUUCAUCCACUAGUCCAAGUUCCAAGGUACUCCCCAGCAAGUUUAGCUUCACUAGUCUGGAUAGAUGGUAACUUUGGAAUCAACCUCAAUGGACUAUGAUGUAACUAGUUCAUGUUUCUUCUGUUGGUUUUCAUACGAUGUUAGAAAUUGUUUCUCUUUCUUUUGUUCUCUCAAAAGUAUUAUCACUGAAUGCGUUUCAACUCAGGUUCUCAUCAAGUUCAAGUUGCAUGAAACUCUUGUUAUAGUCGAUUAAGAUUAGUAUUUACUUUUUUCAACUCGAAUUUUAGUCUAGAUGAUGAUAAUAAUGGUUAUUGUUGACA